AUGAUCAAUGCUACUGAUAAAUUAUUGAAACUGGGUCGAGAUUCUGAGUGGCUUGCCUUGGACGAGAAACAAUGGGUUCCAUCUCUCAAAGACUUUAUUGAGAUAUUUGUAGCAAAGACACAGUACUAUGGGACUUGGAAGAAAGCAUUUGAUGAUGCUGUUAGAUUUCCUGUGAUGCAGGACUGGCUGGCUCUGGAGGAUGAUCGAAAGUCGGAUAGGGCUGUCUGGGGUGAAGAGAAAGGGUCAUACAGCUUUGAGGACUUGAAGGAUUAUAUUCAGAAGAAGAAACAGGAAAGGGAGAUAGCUGAAAGAGCAGCUGCAUUACAGGCAUCAGGAUCACGUGCAGAGAGUAGGGAGUCAUCUCAUAGGAAAGGCAAGAAGAAGAGCAAGAGGUCCAAGACAGAUAGCUCAGAAGAUAACCCACAAUUUCUUUAA